GCAGUUCACAGAAGAUAUGAUUCCUACAGUAGGCUUCAAUAUGAGGAAAAUAACAAAAGGAAAUGUUACCAUAAAGGUGUGGGACAUUGGAGGGCAGCCAAGGUUUCGAAGCAUGUGGGAGCGUUAUUGCAGAGGAGUCAAUGCAGUUGUUUACAUGGUGGAUGCAGCAGACUUAGAAAAAGUAGAAGCUUCAAAGAAUGAGCUACACAGUUUGAUAGAUAAGCCACAAUUGCAUGGAAUUCCAGUGUUGGUCCUUGGAAAUAAAAGAGACCUCCCAGGUGCACUGGAUGAAAAGCAGUUAAUUGAGAAAUUAAACCUUUCAGCUAUUCAAGACAGAGAAAUCUGUUGCUAUUCUAUUUCCUGUAAAGAGAAGGAUAACAUUGACAUAACAUUACAGUGGCUUAUUCAGCACUCCAAAUCAAGACACUGUUGAAGAAAACUCUUGCUGAAGAAAAUUCCCAAUCACUUUGACUCCUAUCAGCUAUAAACGUGAAAAGAUAAAGAAUGCAAGUGCAAACUACCAGGACUCACUUUGAUUCUAUUUGUUAACAGAAGUAAAACUGAGUUACAGCUUGUCUAUCUUGGUUCUUUUUUAAAAAAUCCAGAUACUUGUCUGCCUACAUGAAAUUCCUGAAAGCCUUAAUCCAAAACUGAAAGAAAUCAAUACUUUUUUUGGGCUGAAAUGUUUUAAGUUUAUGCAUGUGAAUUGUCAAAUACUUAGUGAUUUUUUUUCUAAUUUGAAACCGAAUAAACUGCACAGUGGAAA